AUACGUAAUAUUACACAUACCAAAAAAAAAGGAGAAGAAAAGGAAAAAUAUGUGACUGGUCUGCCCACGUGACUUUGACUCCUGACUGCCAGCAAGAGCCGCGAAUAAGAUUCCCCUGGAGGAGAUGCAGCCCGCAAAGGAGGAGCAUGUGGAUGGAGAACCUAAGGUGGAUGGAGAACCUGCCGCCCAAUCUUCAGGUGCAGGGGAUGAAACAGGAGGAGGAGGAGGAGAUAACCGAAGGCAAUCGCGUCGUGGUGCAGUUGACGCAGCACCUGAGCAAACCGGAACUCGAGCAGGAACAGGAACCGGACCAGGAACUGCAAUGGAAACUGGGACAGCAACUAAAUCAAAGCAUCAGUCAGAUGAAGCACGUCCCUCACCAGGCUUAAAUACUGUGGAUGAGCAGGCCCCUCUCCCUGGGCGUGGGGAAGCAGGCCAAGUGGCAGUCGGAGCAACUAAUCCUCCCCCAAUUCUGCUGACAAAACAGGAGAGUCUAGGGUGGAUUGCUUUGCAGGAGCUGCGGGCAGGCAGAAACGUUCCGGAGGAUGUGCUGGUGGAUUUGGUCGUGGAUACGCUGGUGAAUCUAGACCAUCUUGUUGCGAAAGAGGUUGCUGAGGACUACAACCCAUCAAAAACUCCUCAGAAGGGGAAGAAGGGGGGGGGGAAACAAGAUCAGAAGAAAAACGCCAGCCGGCCAGCAAGCAGUGGAUCAAAAGGUCGCAUGGAAAGCAGCCGACCUGGGACCGCCCAUGCUAAGAAGAAGAAAGUGGGUGGCGACAACGAACCGCCUCCAGCAUCUCCUAUACCAGAAAUUGCUGCUAUUUUGGACUCUCAGAGAGCCAGGGUCAUUCCAAAGCCUACGACGGCUGCGCAAACCAAUGGGCGUGCCAACGGAUUUGUUCUGGACGGAUUUCCACAGACCUUUGCCCAGGCAAAGCUCUUUGAAAAGGCCCUUUCUGGUCUGGAUCUCGACCUUGAGUUGGAACUGAGACAGAAUUGCUCACGCAUCUGCCCACCGCCACCUGCCCCGAUGCCAGGGGAGGCUGAGAAGUUGCUGUCAGGCCUUCAGACAUGGAUAGUGAUGAGCAUUGAAGAUGACGAAGAGUCGAUUAAAAGAGCGGUUGGUCGUCGCAUCGACCCACUGACAGGCAGGGUUUAUCAUCUGGAUUAUGAUCCCCCACCAGAAAAUGAUAAGACGUACGAACUGGUCCGCGACAGCAGCACUUCGCUCCAGCAUCAAGUGACGGAGAUAACCCAGCAUCCACUCCAGCAUCAAGUGACGGAGAUCAGGUGGCUGCUGUCCAGCCGCGAAGCAACAACAAGUCCCGCAACACUGGGAAGGCGAAAUCCGCAUCGCAGGCCGGAAAUGGACAGCCAGUACAAGUUCCAUGGGUCAAGUUCGGCUUGGCCGAGGUGGAGUACAAAGUCCGCGGCCGCUACGGCAGCUGCUAUUGGUGCAACAACACCAAGCACAAGACCUCCCUGUGCCAGGAUCAGGGCAAGGAGGAUGUGUGACCCCGCCUCAACUCGGGAAACAGAGUUCCGCGGAAGGACCAGCUCCGUUGAUGGACGCCGGAGUAGAGGUUGUCGACCUUCACGCUUACAUUGCGAAGAUCGACCGCGAGUUCAAGACGCAACGGGUGCCUCUUCCUCACCCUUCGAUCAGCUGCCACGUGGUAUCCGCCGCAAGCAUGCGAGCUUUCAUCAUAGAGACGACAUCGAGGAGAUGGGGGUGUGUUUUCUCCACGCCCUCCCGCCCCAUGACGCUUCAUCGACGGACUCACCUUCGGAUCCAUGCAUCACCGAGCUUCUCGACGCCUACAGCGACGUGUUCGAAGGCCCGCACGGAGUAGUUCCGGAUCGACCCAUCCGCCACGAGAUCAUCCUCGAGGACGGGGUCGUACCUCCACGCAGUUGCAUCUACCGAAUGAGCGAGGAAGAGUUAAGUGUGCUUCGGGCACAACUCGACGACCUUAUGGAGAAAGGCUGGAUUCAGCCUAGCUCAUUGCCAUACGGUGCUCCUGUUCUCUUCGUCCGGAAGAAGAACAAGGAUUUGCGGUUGUGCAUCGACUAUCGCAAGCUCAACGCGCAGACGAUCAGAAACGCCGGCCCUCUCCCACACAUCGACGAUCUUCUCGAGCGAUUGGGCGGCGCCAAGUUCUUCUCCAAGCUCGAUCUCAAGUCGGGAUAUCACCAACUCAAGAUUCACAAGGAGGAUCGCUACAAGACCGCGUUUAAGACGCGAUAUGGGCAUUUCGAAUGGCUGGUCAUGCCUUUUGGCCUUACGAAUGCCCCGGCCACUUUCCAAGCGGCUAUGACAACGGAGUUUCGACACAUGCUGGAUCGAUACGUACUUAUCUACCUCGACGACAUACUGGUGUACAGCCGGAGUUUGGAGGAGCAUGUGGAACACCUGCGCACCAUUUUGGAGCGGCUACGACAAGCCAAGUACAAGGCCAACCACGACAAGUGCGAAUUCGCACGGCAGGAGUUGGAGUACUUGGGACAUUAUGUGACGGUGCAAGGCAUCCGUCCGCUUGCGGACAAGAUCGCGGCCCUACGAGUAUGGCCCGAGCCCACCAACACCACGGACGUUCGUUCAUUCAUGGGAUUGGCGGGCUACUAUCAGCGAUUCAUCACCGGAUAUUCCAGGAUUGUUGCACCUAUGACGAGGUUACAGUCGCCAAAGGUGCCAUUCGUAUUCAAUGACGACGCACGCCGGUCAUUCCAAGCACUUCAGACGGCCAUGCUCAUGGCACCCGUCCUUAGCAUCUAUGACCCCACCCUGCCGGCGCGAGUGACUACGGACGCUUCCGGCUAUGGCAUUGGGGCAGUCUUGGAACAGCACGACGGCGAUGACUGGCACCCUGUGGAGUAUUUCAGCCACAAAGUGCCUCCCAUCAACUCGCUUGAUGAUGCAAGGAAGAAGGAGCUGCUCGCAUUCAUUAUCGCUCUCAAGCGAUGGCGGCACUUCCUCCUUGGGCGUCAUAGGUUCACAUGGGUUACGGACAACAAUCCAUUGACCUACUACAAGACGCAGGAUACGGUGAGCAGCAUGAUCGGACGAUGGAUGUACUUCAUCGACCAGUUUGACUUCACACCAAAACAUCUUCCCGGCCUCUCAAAUCGCGCAGCAGAUGCACUCUCGCGAAGACCUGAUCUUUGCGCUAUGACACAUCAUGCCUUCGCAUUCAACGAGGAGCUUCAACGACACUUCAUCCGGGCAUACGAGUCUGAUCCGGACUUCGCCACGCUGUAUGCACAGCUAUCUUCGGAUCACCCGCCGGCCAGCCACUAUCGCAUUGUCGACGGGUACUUGCUCCUCCACUCGAGAGGCAAGGACUUACUAUGUGUGUCACGCGACCGCCGUCUUCAGACUCGCCUCCUCGGCGAGUAUCAUGAUUCACGACUCGCCGGCCAUUUCGGAGUCAACCGCACUAUUGCACGGCUUCGACAGCGAUUCCGAUGGCCCGACCUCAUUACCGAUGUCACUCGGUAUUGCGACUCUUGCGAAGUUUGCCGACGCAGCAAGCCCCGCAACCGCAAUCCCUACGGCGAGUUACCCCCGAUGCCUAUCCCACGGGAACCCGGUCUCUCCAUUGCCAUGGACGUCACCGGUCCGUUUCCCCGCGACSGGCUCGGGCACGACGGCAUCCUCACGGUUGUGGACCGAUUGAGUAAGUACGCGCGUUUUCUCCCUUGCAAGUACUACUCCACGGCCCCCGAGCUGGCACGCCUCUUGCACACUGGUUGGAUUUGUGGCCACAGUGUACCAGAAGACAUAGUCAGCGACCGCGACACUCGUUUCAUGUCAGCAUUUUGGACUGCGCUCAUGCAGGAGUCCGGCACGACGAUGUAACCAAGUUCGGCUCGGCAUCCACAGACAGA